UUUACUGAUUGCAGCGGCGGACCUGUUUGGAUUUUCAUUCGAAAUAUUUAUAAAACCUGAAAAAGCUGAACCCGUCCAUUCCUGCCGAUUUGUGCAUGUUGACCGGUGGGGUGGUGAGACGGAUCGUGUUCUUCACUUUUUCAUGAGGCUCACGACGGAUGGACCAGUAAUGCAGGACGAAGCAGCGAUAGCAAAAUGGUGGUUUAUCACUCCCCAGUUUGAAGGUAACAAUGACAGUUCCGAACCCAACCAUAAUGAUGUCCCAAAUUGGCAUCAAGUUGGGGACUUGAAUGACUCGCAGUUUCGUCGAGUGAUGUCCGGGAGCAGCAAGAUUGGGUCGGCAUAUCAAGAAGUUUCUGUUUCGGAAUCAGGAGAUGACGGGGAAAGCACGAAAAAAAUUGUCAUGUCCCACUCCGCAUCCUGCACGGACGACGAGGAAGAGGAAGAAGAAGACGACAAUUCUGAAUCUGAUUCUUCAGAUGCAGAACAAGAGGAAAAUGAAGAAGAAACUAUGCAUCACGAGGAACUGUUCAGUGAGGAACUAUUAGCCGUCACGGCACCCUCCCAUCCCGUCAGUCAAGAGUCAGAAACCAAAUCGAUGACAAUAAGGGCGUCCAAAACGGAAAUAAAACUAGACGAAACAAGCUGUGCAGGCGUUAAGCCAGCCAGACGAGUUCACACGCAAGUCGUCAUUUACGACGAUGUGACACAAAAACGGAGAGAGUAUCGUUUUCCUGGAGUAAGGAGCAGGGACGAAGUCCUUACUAAACUAUUAAAUCGUGGUUACAUCAAAAGUAUCCCCGUCGAGCUCACCGACCCCCUCGAUGAGUCUCACGAAGAGAAAGAACGAGGUGGCACUCGUGAGACACCGUCCUGGUACAUGGAGCAUGUCGUGCAACAUGCACAACUUAUCGACAAUCACAACACCCAACAAAUAAUCAAGAGUGACAGUUCAAUAAUGAAGGCAUCCGAAAAAUUUGCAAAUAGUGCGAACAUUGUGAAUGGAAAUGAAUUUCAUGGGCGAAAUGAAAUAGGGUCUCGGGCGCAGCUAGACAAGCAGGACUUGAACAAUGAAAAUGAUCAAUUAAUAAUGGAAUCCUGCGAAAACUUGAUGCCUUAUUCGUCACAUAAAUCAGUGAGUGCAGUAGCUCUGGUAAAUCAGGACUCUGUUGAACGAAACAGCAAAUUUUUAGCCUUGCAUCAAAGGGUUUCGCCCUGGGCACAAAAGAAGGAUAAUUUAGAGGCACCUAAAAAUAUAUUUCAACGCUUCCUAUCUUGGAUUAAUUCCAUAUUUCAAUCGUGCAGGAGAAAAGUAUCAUAAUCAGGGAAAGUGUAACAGAAUAGCAAUACUAACAAUAUUGUAAGUGAUAUUUUGGACUUUGUUAACUUUUAUUAUUACAAUACUAAUAAAUGCCUACGUGAUACAAAAAUAAUUUAUUGUCGAUUUAAUAUAAAUUUUACUAUUCAU